UAGUUUAUAUUAAUAGUUGUAGAACCAAUUUUUUUUUUCUAAACAAAUAAUUCUGCGGAUAUUAGCGAUUGGACAAGUUGGAUUCGAUCAUAAAUGAUUUAGUAACAUCGAUAUAUUUCGAUUUUUCUCCGCUAGAUGUUCUUACUACCGUCAAACACAGUUCUUACUACCGAAAACUAUUGCUUUCUAUAGAUAGAGUAGGUGAGAGAGAAACUGGAAAUAACCUCAUAUCCCAUGCAAAAGGAUUACGAUGUUUUCAGUUUUCUGGGCUUAUAACUAUUUAUAAAAUGAGCUAUUUCAUUAUGUUCUAUUUAAAAUGGUCAAAUGCACGUUAACGACAUUAAGCAGAAGAUAAUUCAUUGCUGUAUCUUUCAGCAUUAAUUUUAACACUUUGCCAAGAAAUUACAAAUUCCGUGAUGGGACAAAUACCUUUGUGAAAUUGGUGAUCCCAUCUCUAUUUUAAAUUUUUCAUCAAUUUAAUUAUGGCUCUCUUAGGUGCUCAGUUAGUUAUAACACUGAUUAUGGUCAGUGUUAUUCAAAAAGUGACUCCGCAUUUUUCUUUGGCAAGAUGGAUUUUAUGUUCUACUGGGUUGACACGUUACUUAUAUCCAACUGAUCAGCAGCUUAGAACUCUUGCUGGUGUGCCUAAAGAGAAAUCCAAAAAAGGUAAACAUACAGAGAAUGGAAAGGUUGGAGAUGUGUUUCAUGUUCCUAGAAAUUUGGAUAUUACGCUUGAAAGUGCUAAAAUAACUACGUUAGAUGUAGUGCAUUUAAAAUAUUAUACAGAGUAUCAGUGGUUAUUGGAUUUUUCUAUCUAUGCUACUGUGGUUUAUAUCAUGACAGAGAUAUAUAAUUAUUUAUAUCCAAUCAAAGACGAAAUUAAUCUAAGUAUGCUUUGGUGCUCACUAGUUCUGGGUUUUGCAUUCAAAGUAUUACUUUCUCUUUGGGUGCAAUACUUUAAGGGAGAGGAGAGUAUAGGUGAAAGGUCUACAUGUAUUGUAACUGGAUUUGCUUAUCUUCUUAUAGCUAUGAUGGUUCUUAUUGUUGAUGAAAACAAUCUUGAAAUUGGAUUGGAUAAAGCUUAUGCAAGUUUUAAUCAUAGUGCAUCCCUUUUUUUAGAUAACCAAGGUCUUUCUUCCACGGGACCAGCAUCAAAAAUUGUAGUAAAGUUUUUUCUUGCUUUGUGGUGUGGUUUACUUGGUUCUUUGUUCACUUUCCCAGGAUUGAGAGUGUCAAAAAUGCAUUGGGAUGCAUUAAGAUAUUAUAAAGACCAAAAGUUAUUAUUGUUAAUAGCAAAUAUCAGUUAUGCUUCUCCACUUUUAUUAGUAAGUUUAUGGAUUAAGCCUGUAAGCAGAGAUUAUCUCACAGUCAGAAUAUUCAGUGGUAUGAAUGGACCAUUGAUGACAACUUCAGCUUUUGAGAGUAUGAGAUUAAUUGCAAUUAUUGUUGCAGUCUUGUUAAAAUUUGUUUUAAUGCCAAUGUACUUGCAAUCAUAUCUCAAUUUAGCUACGCAACGGUUAGAGAACCAAAAGAAAGAAGCUGGUAGAAUUACAAAUGUAGAUCUACAGAAAAAGAUUGCUGCGGUAUUUUACUAUUUGUGUGUUGUGGCUUUACAGUUUAUUGUUCCAAUAAUUAUUUGUCUAUUUUUUACAUUCAUGUAUAAGACUUUAGGUGGUUAUACAUGGGAAGGCCUUUUAAAAGGUUCAUCACUUGAAGAAUGUCCAGCCGACGAUCCACCAAAAUCUUUAUCAGAUGUAGUGAAUAGCUAUGAUACUGAGAAAACUGUUGUGCAAACGGCGCAAGAUUUCCAACUGGCUCUGAGUUCCUUAAAACAGAUAUUCACCAUGGAUGUAUAUAGGGGAUUAUUAGGUUUAGCAACAUGGUGGAGUUGUUUUGCGUUGUUUGCAACUACUGCUAUGGGUAUGUUUUAUCAAUCGUACUUUUCUAGUAUGUAAAACAAUACUAUGGAAGGGAGUGUUUAUUGUCAUUUCGCACAAAUUUCCGUCGUUAGUUUGUUUAUCAAUAUUAAGACCAUUGGAUUAUUUAAUUAUAUCUUCAAAAUGAUUUAUUUUGAAAAAUGUACCUAUGUUAAGGUACGCACAAUACUGGCUGUCUAAUGGAAAUGUUAAUAUUAACAUUAAAAAUUUUAUAAUAUGCAUAGCAAUAAAAAUCUUACAAUUAUUAUAUAUGUAAAUACUAUGUCGAAAUUAUAAAAUUUUAAAUAGACAACUACGUCUUCGCAUUUUGAUCUUUUUAUUGGAUACUAUAUAUAAUAUUUAAUAUUUAUAUAAAAAUUUAGGAGAACAUUUUAUUACACGACGUAUUAUAAAUUUUUAAAAACAAAAUGGAAUUUAAAAGUGUUUUACAAUUAAAAAUAAGUGAUGAAUGUGUCUCAUAAAUGAAUCACUGCCAGUAAAAUAAUCUAUUUAAUAUUCCACGAACGACAAAAUGAUUACAAUUGUCUGCGUACCGGCUCGACUGAAAGCAACUUUCAUCGAUAAUGUUACGAUCAUAAGCGAAUCAAACAAAAAUAUUUUGCUGCCUUGUACGUAUUCGCUUUAAUAAUAUUUAAUUAAAAUCUUGUAUAUAUUUCUGUACAAAGUGCUCAUUAAAAUUUUAUGUACAAUAAUUAA